AUGACGUUCCUUUGCAGCAGCAGUGACUCAGUUGAUGAAAACCUUGCAUUAAAGCAGGCCAGAGUAUUCAUUGAGGAUGCCGAAAAUUACCGUUCGAUAAAUCACAAGUUGGACAAGCAUAGUUUGAUUAUGUAUGAGCUUUCUCACGGUUUUUAUCUAACGAUACUUCAUCGGGCCUCCUUGGUGAUAUUGUUCUUGCUUCCCUUCUUCGAAUGGCCUUCCUCCCUGACAAUGUCAUCCGAUAUCAGGUUGAAACUAAAACCUCCAAAUCCACCAUGUGGAGUUACAGAGGGAAUUGAGUUUUUGUGUUUGUUGAUCAUAUCGAUCCAAUCAAUUUUACUGUCAGGAGCAUUCGGACUUCCUUGGGUUCGUGAAAAUCGGUGGUUAAUUGGAAAAUAUAUUUUUCUUGUAAUUUAUCUUUUGGAUCUUAUAGUUUCUUUGUCGCUUCGAUGCUCCGAAUAUUAUCGCAUCCGUCGUCUUAUUCGGCCGUAUUUUCUAAUCAGUAGCUCACAAUUAAUGAAGAAAGUUUUAAAAUGUUACAGAAGAACACUGCCAACACUGUUUAAUCUUCUAUUCCUGCUGGGAUUUUGGUUAGUUUCGGCUACUUUAGUUGCAAUGUGCGUUUUCAAUAAACCAAAUCGAGAUUUAACUAAAGAUAGUGUUGUAAAUACCACAACUACUGCAUUCACUGACUUCUAUGAUACGUUAUUCAGUCUUUUGGUACUUUUAACCACAACUAAUCAUCCUGAUAUUUUAAUUCCACCAUAUAAUGGGAAUAGAGGAACUGCAAUUUUCUCAAUUGUUUAUCUUGGUGUUGGAUUGUAUGUACUUUUGAAUAUUCUCACAGCUGCUGUUUAUAGUCAGUUCAGUGGCUAUUUAAUGUCUUCAGUUCAAACCCGUUUGAUGAGACGUCGCGUUGCAACAAGAGCAGCUUUUGAAGUAUUGAAAUAUGAAUAUAAUGGCAUGGAGCUAGUAUCAAGUGAUGAUAUAGUUGGACUAAUUAAAACUGUCCAAAUAGAUACCUGGAAGAAAGAUACACUACGUCAAGCAUAUUUCAUGAGACAUGCACAUGGAAAUAUUAAUGCAAAACAAUUUAUGCAGUUAUUUCAAAUUUUGGAUUUAUCUGGUCCAUCAAAUCAGUCAGUACAUGAACAAGUACCAUCUCUUAGAGUGGCUCGUAUAUUUCAAACAUGGAUUAUGUCAAAAGGAUUUGAGCUGGUUCGGAUUAUAAUAUCAUUUUUCAAUGUAAUAUUUUUAUGUGUAAGUUGA